GCGGGGCCCCGGGGCCGCGGAGCCGGCGAGCGCGCAGGCCGAGGCCAGGCCGAGGCGCCCUUGCUGGAGAGGCGGAGAUCGGUUCUCGCUCGCCAUGGGGGCGUCGGCGAGGCUGUUACGCGCGGUGAUCAUGGGGGCUCCGGGCUCCGGCAAAGGCACCGUGUCCUCGCGCAUCAUCAAACAUUUCGACCUGAAGCACCUCUCCAGCGGGGACCUGCUGCGACAGAACAUGCUGAGAGGCACAGAAAUCGGCGUGUUAGCCAAGACUUUCAUCGAUCAAGGGAAGCUCAUUCCCGAUGACGUCAUGACUCGGUUGGCCCUUCACGAGCUGAAGAAUCUGACGCAGCACAGCUGGCUGCUGGAUGGCUUUCCCAGGACACUCCCGCAGGCAGAAGCCCUGGAUAAAGCUUACCAGAUAGACACAGUGAUUAACCUGAACGUGCCCUUCGAGGUCAUUAAGCAGCGCCUUACUGCCCGCUGGAUUCACCCAGCCAGCGGCCGCGUCUACAACAUUGAGUUCAACCCUCCCAAGGCCGGCAUCGACGAUGUGACCGGGGAGCCUCUCAUCCAGCGGGAAGAUGACAAGCCGGAGACGGUCAUUAAGAGGCUGAAGGCGUACGAGGCCCAAACGGAGCCCGUCCUGGAAUACUACCGGAAAAAAGGGGUGCUUGAAACAUUCUCUGGAACAGAAACCAACAAGAUCUGGCCCGACGUACAUGCUUUCCUACGGACCAAGGUUCCAGAAAUCCAUCAGAAAGACUCUGCCACUCCGUGAGCAAGAACCCGCUCGGCCGGCAAGGCAGCGGAAGCGGCUGGUCCUGGCCUCCGAUGCCCCUCGGCCUGGGGCUCCAGCAUGUAUGAAUCCUUUGGAGAUUGGGUUUUAUGUCUACUGAUUGUGUUUUUCCUGGAAACCACUAAGGAUGUGCCAAAUGAUCAAAUAAAUAAGAUCCAUCUUUUGUAAUCCUCUACUAUGCUGUCAUCCAGUUCUCUCCUGGGUUCUUCUUCAACAGUAGGAUGGCUCAACUUAUACAGAGAGCCAACAUUUCGAAAAACCACUGAUACUUUUUGUUCGGUAAGGAUAAGUUGUUAAGAAUAUUUCCAGGGAUUUUCUGGGAAAAAAAAAAAGUUAACUGUUAUCUGGGGGAAACAGCCAGUUUUGCUUGCAAUGACGCCCACAAAUAAACUUGUCAGUACACAGUUCAAGCAGCCUGGGACACGGCGUCAUGAGCCACUCUUGUUCAAUUACAGAGGAAAGAAGCGACUUGGGACUCCAGAUCUGCCACCAGGUGCCAAUUCACUGAUGCCUUACCCUAAGAAACGUACAAGCUAGCCAUCCACGUAAGGUGUUAAACCUACUUUCUGUUUACCCAGAGUUUUGAGUCUGCUAUAAAAAUGUGUCCGUUAGCCUAAAGGAAAAAUGUCUUCUUUUGUAAAAUACAGGUAUCUCGAGGCCUGAUUUACGCAAGAAAUUGACAUUGUAAGUCCUUGGGUGAGCACCAAAGCCGACUCAGUUUUCAGUGGAAAAUGUAGCAUAGUUUUACAUUGUCAGCUAUUACUCAGAUUAAAAUUUAUGUUAGAGGUUACCAUGUGCUUUCUCCUUUUGGUCCAAAUGUGUGAUCUGUCUUGAUAAAGUAUCAAGUUGCAGUUUAAAGAGAAAAAAAAAAAAUGAACUAAGAGGAAUCCCAGGGAGCUAUGCAAAUUAAGCAGACUUUGUUCUUGGGCCCGGCACCACAGCAUAUAGCAGACUUGGUUCUUUCCAAGUGGGCCAGGCUUUCUUGAGGAAUGUCCCCUUGACCCCCAGCUGGCCUUCUUAAUUAGUAAGCAGGAAUGGCCAUAAAAGGAAAUUAUACACUGUGCUAAAAAGGACCAGCAAAAAAAGGACCAUUCUGUCAAAGAAAUGUGUCGGCAUUCACAGCCACUGUAUUUUAAGGGGGAGGAAUACUGAUACCACCUGAGCAGCCACUGUAAGAUCUAAAUCUUUUGCGAGUGCUCACUGUGGCAACGAGGAUGCCUGCGUGCGGACUGAGGCCUUCAGAGAACGAGGCAACUGGAGAGGUGCAGCCAUACCCCACCCUAUCUCCCAUGGGCUACUCCGUGUCUCGCUCGCUCGCUCGGUGCUAAAUCAGUUGCAACAAGCCUUUGUACGCGUCCUCGGGGACUGCCUUGGGAAAUCUGGUCCAUUCGUUGUAUUCCACACAUUAAAAAUGUCGAUGUCAGCAUGUGGGUCUUACCUAUUGUGGGAGAAAAAUGAAACCCAUUUUCCUUUACUUGUGAUUUUUAAAAAUUCACUGUUGAUUGUGCAAAGAGGACCCGGGCGUUUUAAAGAGGAUUACAGCAAUCAGCUCAUCCUUUAGAAUGUUUUCUAGUAUGCCUUACGUGACCGCUAGGUUGACGUGUUAACUCUUUGUCCAUAUAUGAUCACUGGGCUAAUCAGCAUCCAUGAUUCUCUGGUAAAAAUAAAUGAGCGUGGCUCACUCCUUGGUCCUUCUCGAAAACCCACCACUCUCUCCUUCCUUCUGACAUCCCCUUGGCUUCCGAGUGACUGUGUUCUAAUAAAUUUCCUUCAAACAGUA